AGUUCAUUUGUAAAAUUUUGGGAAAUAUAACAUAAAUUGUGUUUGUUUUUGUGAUUUCAUAAAAAUAUUAAAAAUUUAAUACAUUUCAAUAUAUUUUUCACCAAAUAAUUUCAUGCUUGUUCUUCAACUUCUUUAAAUAAUGGCAGCCCAACGAGCACGGCGUUCAAAUGCUGGUAACAGAAUUGCAAAAUUGUUGGACAAUGAGGAAGAGGACGAUUUCUAUAAAACCUCCUAUGGUGGGUUCCAAGAAGAAGAAGAGGAUAAAGAAUAUGAACAAAAAGACGAGGAAGAAGAUGUUGUGGACUCCGAUUUCAGUAUCGAUGAAAAUGAUGAACCCAUUUCAGAUCAUGAUGAUGAAGAAGGCAAAAAACGUAAACGUACUGGCGUGAAUACUAAGGCAUAUAAAGAACCCAAACCGCUGAAAAAAGAUGAGAAAACUGCAACAAGUCCAGCUAAAAAGAAAACUACUAGAGCACUUAAGAGAAAAAUACGGCCAAAAUUUACUGUGCUCGAUUCAGCGCGUAAAUCUAUAAGGGCCUCGACGGCCAUCAAAACACAGGCAACAAAAAUUCGUCUGAAAGAAAUGGACGAUGCUCGAAAAAAGAAGAAAAAAGUAAAGAAAUUGGAAGAAUAUAUGCCAACGCAGGAGGAACUUUUAGAGGAAGCUAAAAUAACCGAGGAAGAGAAUAUUAAAUCAUUAGAAAAAUUUCAAAAGAUGGAACUAGAGAAAAAGAAAACCCGUCCCACAAAGCGUAUAUUUAGUGGUCCAAUGAUACGAUAUCAUUCUAUGACUAUGCCAGUAGUGCGUAAACAAACUCGUGGUUAUAGCGCCCCGCAUGAUCCCAAUGAUCCUAGAUCAAAAUGUGAAAGAACAUUUAUUUCAUUAGAAAAUGACUUGGAUGAAAAAGUCUUUCACAAUAUAUUCAAAACUAAAAGACUACAACGAAACUCAGGCUACCUAUGUCCAAUUACGAAAUUACCCGCUCGUUACUUUGAUCCAGUUACUCAACAACCAUAUUACAGUAUACAGGCAUUUAAAAUCUUGCGAGAAGCCUACUAUAUGCAGCUUGAGGAGCGGGGUAAUACUGAUAAUCCAGAAAUGCAAAAAUGGCUUGAAUGGCGUAAAACGAUAAAAGAAAAUCGCUUAAAAGCUGUAGCUAAUAAAAUAAACAGUUCGUAAAUUUCACCUAUACAUGUUUCAUCAUACUCAUACUCAUCAUCAUUAUCAACAACAAAUAUAAUGUAAGUUUGUUUUUAAAUUUUUUUUUAUUUUGAAUAUCCACUUUUUAUUUAGUAUAACUUACACAAUAAUAAUAUUCUAGUGCAUAAAAAUAACAUUCAACAUUUAUAUAAACUAUAUAAAAUCUACAAAAUAUAAAUAGGUUUAAUUUGACACUUCUUUUUACUUAAAAAUCGAUUUUGGAGACUAAUUAUCCUAUGCUAUGGAAAUCAGUUAGCAUCGUAAAAAAUAUUUUGAUAUUUCGAGUUUUUAAUAACUUCAAUAUAAAGUAUAAUAACUUCUUUAUGUUGGAAUGUAUAGUAGUAAUAUUUGACGUGUUAUUUCUCUGAUUUUAAUUCGAUUAUUUUAUUUAUAUAUAUUUCUAAAAUAUUUGUGGUUAAGCUAUCCAUAAGUACAUAA